CAUCUGACGGUGUGGUUUACCAUUUCAAACUUUCAACGGUCAACAUUCAAAUCUCUCUCUCAAACCAAAAAAAAAAACACACACACACCCUCUCUCUCUCUCUCUCUAUCUUGAACGUUUCUUUAGUUUCACAAUUUUGAUAUUGUCCCAAGUUUUGAACGUUUGAACCGCGUAACAAAGACAAAAUACCAUUUGUUUAUAUAUAACCUACUCGACUCUCAUUCUUAAUAUAGCUUCACAAACCAAAAACACAUCCCAAGCAAAACAUCUACUUCUGUCUCUCUCUAAAUUAAUCUACAACUUUGAUAUUCAUUCAUUCUACAAACAACCCAUCAAUGAUUUCUUCAUGGAGGCGGCGUAGGGCGGCACGCCACGCCGGGAAGAAGCAGCAACCGGACGAAAACUCCGGUAUGGAGCUGACCAUCCCGAACCAGUUCCGGUGUCCGAUUUCUCUAGACUUGAUGAAGGAUCCUGUCACUCUGUCCACGGGCAUAACAUACGACCGAGAGAGCAUAGAGCGAUGGAUCGAAUCCGGAAACCAUACUUGUCCUAUCACCAACCAGGCACUGAGGACACUCGAGCCGAUUCCAAACCACACAAUACGCACGAUGAUCCAAGACUGGUGUGUAGAAAACAGUUCUUAUGGCAUUGAGAGAAUCCCAACGCCAAGAAUCCCGGUUUCGUCUUUCCAGGUAUCGGAAAUGCUCUCGAAAGCCACCACAGCUCAGAAAUGGCGGGACGAAAGGGGUUGCCGCGAAGUGGUGAGCAGCAUUAAGGCCUUGGUGAAAGAGAGCGAGCGUAACAAGAGGUGCAUUGUGGCCAACGGGACGAGCGGCGUCCUGUCAGCCAUUUUCGAGGGCUUUUCAAAGGAAUCUUUCGAGACUAACUCCGUGUUGCUCGAGGAGAUUUUGUCAACAUUGACAUUGUUGGAGCCUCUUGAUGGAGAGGCCAAGUCUCAUCUAGCAUCAACAACAUCUUUGCAUUCCAUUGUAUGGUUACUAAAAUGUGGAGGCUUGUCUGGACGAAGGAACGCGGUCUUGAUGCUAAAGCAAGUUCUUUCAUUGGACGAACAAACGGUGGAUGAUUUGGUGGAGAUUGAAGGAGCAAUUGAAGCAGUUUUCAAGCUUGUGAAAGAGCCCAUUUGUCCAACUACAACAAAAGCUUCAUUGAUGGUUAUUUACUACAUGGUUUCCUCAUCAUCGUAUCUUGCAAAUGAGAGAGUCAUUGCGAGUUUUGUGGAGAUGGGUCUGGUGUCUUUGUUGCUAGAAAUGCUGGUGGAAUCGGAUCGGAGCGUUUGCGAGAAGGCGUUGGGUGUGUUGGAUGGACUUUGUAGCUGUGCAGAAGGAAGAGAACAGGCAUAUCAUCAUGCUCUGACCAUACCUGUGUUGGUGAAGAAGUUGCUUCGAGUUUCGGAUUUGGCCACCGAUUUCGCGGUUUGUGCACUGUGGAAGCUGAGCAAGAAUGAGAAGAGGAGGGAAGGAGGAGGUGGUGAUAUUGAUCAUGAUGUUCUUGUUGAGGCUCUUCAAGUUGGUGCCUUUCAGAAGCUGUUGUUGCUGUUGCAGGUGGGUUGUGGUGAGAGGAUCAAAGAGAAAGCAACUGAGUUGUUGAAGAUGUUGAAUCUGCAUAGAGAUAGAUUGGAGUGUAUUGAUUCUAUGGAUUUCAAAGAUCUCAAAAGGCCUUUUUGAUUAAGGGCUUGCAAGAACUAGAAAUAUUGCAUGGUUUAUGUAAUUUAGGCUAUAUAUUUUUGUUAUAUAUAUAUAGCUCACAAUUGAAUUGUGAAUGUACAAAAUUACAAAGAGAAUUUUUUAAGUAUACUGCUCAUAUAGUCAUAUA